AUGUCUUCUUUUGCAAUAAGUCAGACUUUGAGCCCCUGCUCUAAUCGCGCUGCUUGCAACCCUAUUCAAGACAAAAAUGGUGCCAUGAUAGGAGACACACUCUUUAAGAGGAUUGAGCAGCCCAUUGGAAUACAGAACACCUGCGCGUAUACCAUAGCGACCAGUGACCAGAUACAAAACUCUAUUCACUCCUCUGUGGUGUGGGGCAAACUGGAUAGGUCCUCAGGAAGUCUCGGCCACAUUGAUGAGCUUUCCAAUAAUCACAAACUCAGACCCGAAUUCAUCAAGAUCACCACCCAAGCUGCUAUGGCAAGCUGGCGCACCAUACGAAAGACACACCAGAGUGUUAUCAAGAAGCAAUCUUCUGUUGUGAACACUCCAAGAAUAGGCAGCCACAAGAACACGGCGUUCACAGCAAUACAAGUUAAUGUGUUGGCUGCAAAAGAAUACUCCUGCCCACCACGCCCUCAAAAUUCCCUGCAAAGAGACUACCUUCACAGCAAUGCAUGCACUGCAGCUACAGACAAUCCAGCUGAGCUCGCGGAGGCUGCUGCAAUCUCUGGCCUGGACAUAUCCGAGCUGACUGAGAACUGCAGUAUGUUCCUGAUCAUACUGGCCCAUUAUCCUGAUAGCCUCAUCACAGCCUCCGCAGCUUGCCUCCAGAAGAAAAUUGGUUUGUUUGCUUACAUGCACAUUGACAAAUGGGACUCUGUUGGCGCGGUCUCAAGUCUCCUCUUCUGCUCUGAUCUGCCUGAAAGCUACGACAGUAGAGUUCUUUUCUUUCCCGAGAUCGGAAUGAUCACGUCUUUGAAGGGCACAGGCUGCAUUAAAUUUUGUGGUCUCCACCGACAUGGAGGAAGGCCUUCAGCUCCAACAAGACACCAGGAUGAAGUCCCAGACUGGCUGUAUUGUCUGGUCGUAGUUCAUUACCCUCACACUGCUUUUCUUGACAGACGUUCAGUUAUGGCAGUUAUGCCCUCUGCCCUCAGUGGUCCCAGCUCUGGUCAGAUUCUCUUUAUUUGCCCAGAACUUCAGCUACUCAGCCACGAUAGGCCUAUUCCUCCAAGUGUGGAAUCAGUGUCCUUUGUCAGAGAUGGUAUAGCCGUCAUGCAACUCCAAUUACUCUUCCUCUUCGCCAUCUGUGCUAUCACCAUGCUGGUUGUCAACUGUCUCUGCCAGCUCCCAUCAUCUUGGAUGGUCAAAGUUGACACUGAUCAAAUGAUAAGUGCAAUCACUAUGGAGCAUGAAAGCCAGCGUGUAAAUGCUGGGCUAUGGUCAGAAGCACUAACUACACAACAGUUCAACAAUCAUUUUGAGCGCUCCAACAAUUCUCCUUUCAGCAGCAAUGCUACAGAUGCCACACCCACUAUACCGCACACCAGCCCUUCAAGCAGUUCGGCUCAUGUUAUCUCAGUCCAGAGAUGGAGAGAUCAUUGCGAGUCACACCAGCUUUUUGUCCCAAGCUACUACUCAAACUACAAUGGACCUCACGCCGCCGGAGAUUCUAGAGAUGAGCUGCCAUUUGAAGAUCACGCAGAAGAUACACGAAAUUACCACAAUAAUUCAAACCAAGAUGGCUCUGAACCUGCAGAUGCUAGCUUAGCCAACACUACAAACGGCAAGAGAGGACGAACCAAGCCCUUAGAUAGUACCAACAAAUGCUCUCGCAACCCCGAUGGAACUUUGGGAGUGGCUAUAUUGAGCCACUCAGAGAAAAGGCUUAUAGCAAAGGCAUCAAAUGGCCAGCUAGCCCUGCUCGGCUCUACAGCAGCAAUUACAGUUGCCCAGAUGAUGAUAGCAAGACAUGAAACCAACCUUUUAUCUGAACUCACACAAGGUUAUUUGGAGCAAGAAUCCUUACUGCCAACAAAGACACAGGAGUUGGCUCAGGAGAUGCCACCUAAACAUGCAGGCUGCUUUUUGACUCAAUUUAAAACCAUUAUCCCUAAGACCCUCUUAAGAGUACAUGCAAAAGCUAACCUCCAAAAAGCUUCAAGAGAUACUUAA